AUGCCUUACAAAUCCCGGUGGAACAUCGACAUUCCAAACGCCAAUCUAGCCACGAUCCUGGUGAAAUCCCCUACGGGACCACUAUCCAAAACCACAAAAUGCUUCAUCGAUGCAAAACGUCCGGAUACGCACUACUUCAGUCCCCAUGAUUUCCGUCUCUGGUGUCAACGAUUCGCCUUCGGUCUCCUCAAAUCAGGCCUUAAACCAGGCGAUCGUGUUCUCCUCUUCUCGGGAAAUGACCUCUUCUUCCCUGUCGCCUUUCUGGGCAUUAUCAUGGCCGGUGGAAUCUUUACUGCUGCAAACCCAACCUACGUUGCCCGGGAACUCGCCUACCAGCUACAAGAUAGCGGUGCAAAAUACCUCCUCUGCGCAACAGCCAGUCUAGAUACAGGUCUCGAAGCAGCAAAACAAGCCGGACUCUCACAAGAGAACGUCUACGUCUUUGAUAGCGCUCUCUUCGACGGAAAUCGAAACCCUCAAAAAGGAUGUCCGUACUGGGGUGAUCUCGUCGCCUCGGCAGAAGAUGGAGAAGGAUUUAUCUGGGACGAUCUCUCCACGACAGAACUCGCAGAUCGAACCCUUGUACUGAAUUAUUCCAGUGGAACAACGGGCCGACCCAAGGGUGUGGAGAUUACGCAUAAGAACUACGUGUCCAACAUGCUGCAGUUUGCGUACAUGCCCAAACUACACCCGGAUUAUAAAACCCGGAGACCGAAUAUGCGCUGGUUAUGCUUUUUACCCAUGUAUCAUGCUAUGGCGCAGAAUAUCUAUAUUGCAGCAGCGAUGGAGCAUGGGACGCCGGUUUAUAUUUUGCCGAAGUUUGAUCUUGUGCAGAUGUUGGAGUGUAUACAGAGAUUCCGAAUUACGGAUCUGCAUCUUGUUCCGCCCAUUGUUGUUCUGCUUGCGAAACAUCCUAUUGUUAAAAACUAUGAUUUGAGUAGUAUCUUGUCUAUUGGCAGUGGUGCUGCACCUUUGGGGAGAGAGGUUUGUGUUGAAGCGGAGAAGUUGUGGCCACCUGGGCUUGUUAAUAUUAGGCAGGGAUGGGGGAUGACCGAAACCACUUGUUCCGUGAUGGGAUGGCAUCCGUGCGAGAAAAGUGAUAGUGCAGCAGUGGGAGAACCUAAUGCCAACUGUGAAGUCAAGCUCAUGGCGGAGGAUGGCAUAACCGAGAUCCUGGCACGGGAGAAACGAGGAGAGAUGUGGGUCCGUGGACCAAAUGUCAUGAAGGGAUACUGGCGGAAUGCGAAAGCCACUCAAGAGACUAAGACAGCUGAUGGGUGGUUACGGACGGGGGAUAUCGCUUAUGUGGAUGAUCAUGGCAAGAUCCAUGUUGUGGACCGGAUGAAGGAAUUGAUCAAGGUCAAAGGAAAUCAAGUGGCCCCCGCGGAACUAGAGGCAUUACUACUAGAGCACGCGGCCAUUGCAGAUGUCGCGGUGAUUGGCGUGACAAUGGACAACGAUGAACGACCUCGCGCAUAUGUCGUCCUAAAACCGGAACAAUCUGCCACCAGUGAGGAGAUCGUGCGAUUUAUGGACGGGAAGGUCUCCGCCACAAAGCGGAUUACAGGCGGGGUGGUGUUCCUCGACACUAUCCCUAAGAAUCCAUCCGGGAAGAUCCUACGGAAAGUGCUGCGUGAUCAAGCCCAGGCUGAGCUGAAGGGUGUCACGGCCAAACUUUAG